AAGUCACGAAUCAUGUUUGCCAGACUUCAUAAAUUUCAAUUACCUAACCUACAUUGCCUAUCUGGGGCACUUAUCGAUUCUCGUUUAUGAAAAGUACUUGGGGCUUUGCUAGUUUCCCCCAGUAGUUUAGUUCGCAAUCGGUCAUAGAGAAGAAUGUCGACUCCAAUAUUUCUGACACAACGUUCCCAAGACGUAUCUGUGCCCAGCUGGGUGGAUACCAAGGAUCUGGAAGACGUGUUAAAGAAAGAGAUUCCUGACUUUCGGAAAAUAGAGUCUACCCAAUAUAAGUGGGAGCAGCAGCUAUCACAACCGGCACUACGAGUUCAAAUUCAAGUUCAAUGUGCAGCAAACAAGAGACGCCAAGUGAAUUACCUUAUCAAAUCCAAAGAGACUAUAGAAAGUGUAUUGAAGCUACCCAUCAAAGGAGACUUUUCCUCCGAACUCCAUAUGUAUGAAGAAGUCCUGCCUGCCCUGGAAGACUUAUACCGAAACGUGGACAAGACUAUCCACUUUAGUCCUGCCUCUUUCAAGUCUAAGCAGAAAUCCGAAUGCCUGUAUUUGGACUACAUUCUAACCAAAGGCUACUCCCUGGCCACAACAGCCAAGGGUCUGUCCGCAACUGCCAUGGAGGCGGUACUUUCCAAACUGGCGGCUUAUCAUGCGGGAACCGCUUGCUAUAUAGAGCGAAAUCGGGGCAAGAUUAGGGAGCUUCCAAAGCUUGGAGCCCCAUUUAUGUUUGGGGGAGCGGCCGGCGAGUUGAAGAGCUUGUUCCAAAUGAAAUUUCAUGAAAGCCUCCGAUCCAAUGACCUCAGGGAAUACGAAGAUAAGGUGAAAUCUUUUCAAAAAUAUUUGAAAGCCAAUACAACAUCGAUCGAUACAAGGUCGUCAUUCAAUGUCAUCCUCAAUGGUUCGUGUUGGCCAAAUAACUUGCUCUACCAAGCCGAUGCCUUUGGUAAUGUGAAGGAUCCCCUCUUCAUUGACUUUCAUGCCGCCAAGUAUGGACCUGCUGUCUACGACCUUUUCAGCUUACUCCUGACGGCUCCAGCUGAAAAAUCAGCAAGAUUCGAUGGCUAUCUAAACUACUACCAUGAUCAGUUGUUGGCCAACUUGAAGCUGUUACAGUUCCAGGGAAAAAAGCCUACUCUAACGGAUUUGCAGCUAGAUCUGCUGAAAUACGGUCAUUGGGCUUUUGAGGUGGCCACGGAAAUACUACCCAUUAUUCUGGCGGAAUUGGAGACUGAGGAUAUCGAUGAUCUCUUCAGGAACUCAGUAUUUGGGCAGCAAAUCAGAGAAAUUCUACCUUGGCUGGAGAAUCGUGGCUAUUUUGAAGAAGAUUAGCAGCCA